GCCCCGAGUCACUCGCAGGUCCCAUUUAAAGAGACGCUGUGGGAGCGCGGGGUUGUUGUCGGAUUAGUUACAGUUCAGCGAGUCGCAAGGCCGGGCCAGAGGACACCGUGAUCUGCCAGUAGUUCAUCGCUGCCUGGUUCGGCUCGCCUCCCUUCCUGGCGCUUCUUCCCCUCGCCGGAGACAUGAAGAAAGGCCACAAAGUGUCGCCGGCUCGACCGCGGCUGCUGUUGCUUUAAGACAAGUGGAGGAGCCCUUUUUUUUUUGAUGGUGGGGGUGAGGAUUGGGGAGCAGAGAGAGAGAGAGAGAGACCCGCCACAGCACCUGCCUGCUUUGCUUCGCUGCGCUCCGUGUGACGGCCCGAAGCCACCACCGCCUGCCUGAACUUCCCUCACACACCGAUGUCCACCGAAGCCAAGCCACGAUGGAGUGCCUCCACUUCCCAGGCGGACGGCGCGGUCUGCAGGCCGACCAUGUUGGAGAUGUCUGAGGACUCGAGCAUAGAGGGGAGCAACAUCCCCGAAUGCACGGCGUACAAGAACCCGGACAACCGAGGCGCUGACGAGGUGAUCAUCGACCCCCCCGUUCCCGCUAAAGCCAUCUCCCUACCCACCCAGAUGGCGGUGUACAACGUCAGGAAGCCCUUCAUCUCCAAGGUCAACAUCCAAGGCAGAACUUACAACUUCUUAGAACGGCCCACUGGUUGGAAAUGUUUCAUCUACCACUUCACAGUAUUUCUUAUCGUUUUGGUUUGCCUCAUCUUCAGUGUCAUGUCGACAAUCGAACAGUACCAUUACUUUGCCAACAGAGCUCUCGUUUGGAUGGAGAUUGUAUUAGUGGUAUUUUUUGGAAUCGAGUACAUCGUCCGACUAUGGUCAGCUGGCUGCCGCAGUAAAUAUGUUGGAUUUUGGGGAAGGCUCCGCUUUGUCAGGAAGCCCAUCUCCAUCAUCGAUCUCAUAGUGGUGGUGGCUUCAGUCAUAGUCCUCUGUGUGGGUUCAAAUGGGCAAGUCUUCGCAACAUCAGCCAUCAGGGGCAUUCGGUUUCUGCAGAUCCUCCGAAUGCUGCAUGUCGAUCGGCAGGGCGGCACCUGGAGACUACUGGGAUCGGUUGUCUUUAUUCAUCGGCAGGAGCUGAUCACCACCCUGUACAUUGGGUUCCUGGGCUUGAUCUUUUCCUCCUACUUUGUGUAUCUGGCUGAAAAGGAUGCGGUGGAUGACAAUGGCGCCCAGCAGUUUGGCAGCUAUGCAGAUGCCCUGUGGUGGGGUGUGGUAACUGUUACAACAAUUGGAUAUGGGGAUAAGGUUCCACAGACUUGGAUCGGCAGAACCAUUGCUUCAUGCUUCUCCGUGUUCGCAAUUUCUUUCUUCGCUCUUCCUGCGGGGAUUCUCGGUUCGGGGUUUGCUCUCAAGGUUCAGCAGAAGCAGCGACAGAAGCAUUUUAAUCGGCAGAUCCCAGCAGCUGCCUCCCUUAUUCAGACAUCAUGGAGGUGCUACGCAGCAGAAAACCACGAUUCUGCCACAUGGAAGAUGUAUGUUCGAGCACCUAGCAAAUUUUAUGUUCCAUCUUCAAGUCCAAAAUCGAAGAAACUGGUGGUUAAAAAAAAGAAAAUGAAGUCUGACAAAGACAAUGGACUGAAUUCUGAGAAAACACUGAAUGUGCCGAACAUCACAUAUGAACACGUUGUUGAUAAGGAGGACAAGAAAAAUGAAAAUAUUGAUGGAUAUGAUUUAUCAGUCAAGAAAUCCCUGGGCAUGCUUGAUGCGAAUAGUGGAGCUUUGUCGAGGGCAAACAGCUAUGCAGAUGACCUUGACCUCAUCGAGGGAGAGACACCAAUGGCCCCCAUCACGCAUGUUUCGCAGCUGAGAGAUUCCCAUAGGACCACCAUCAAGGUGAUUCGAAGGAUACAGUAUUUUGUCGCGAAGAAGAAAUUUCAGCAAGCCAGAAAGCCUUACGAUGUCAGAGAUGUAAUCGAACAGUAUUCUCAGGGUCAUCUCAACCUGAUGGUGCGAAUCAAGGAACUGCAGAGAAGGUUAGACCAGUCCUUGGGAAAACCAACAAUGUUCCAAUCUGUGUCAGAAAAGAGCCAGGACAGAGGAAAGAACACAAUCGGAGCUCGACUUAACAGGGUAGAAGAGAAGGUCGUGGACAUGGACCAGAAGUUAAACACCAUCACGGAUAUGCUGCAGCUACUCGUGGUCAGGCAGGAGGGAUACUCACACUCACAGACUCAGCAUCCGGCACAGGGAACCACUUUUCAAGCCGUUGCCUCAAGACACAGCUCUUUGCCCAGCUACGAGCAGCUGACAGUGCAUCAAGACAACAUUGCGUGAUCUUCUGUCUCCGCUGCUUCAAAUUCAGCCACAUUGCAAGAGACGACUUUGGGUAUUGUAUAGAAGCCUCAAAGGUUGUACACAAAACUGACACACAGCCAUGAGGAGCCAGCAAUGCACUGAGAAAGUGUAUGAAACUUGAAACCAGCCACCAAUGGACUCUGCCUUCUUGACAUAAAUGUCCCUUUGAUUCUGGCUUAUGGAUUCCAUCAGUUUUCUUAACGAGAUCUUCGUAGCGUUCUCCCGGACCCUCGGACAUUUCCCAAGCGCAUUUCAAACACUCCUCCGGACCCUUGUUUAGGAUAAAAAGUGAAGACACUGCUUGGACUGUCUGUAAGACCGAAGGAAAAGACUGAUAGCACCUGAUGUUGAGUCAAAUUGUAAUCCUUCUUAGAAUAGAUUUGUUUUUAAUUGCAAAAAUCAAAAUAUUAUAUGAUUGAUGAAAUGAG